AUGUCGACUGAUUUAGCCUCUACUGGGUGGUCAUCUUCCGCCCAUCUCUUCUUACCAUUGCCGACCUUUGGAAUCGCAUUCACUGCAUUUUUCGUGCCUGGCACAAAAAGGUUGCAUUUCAGCGGGAUUGGAGCUGAAACAGGAAGGGGGGUCAGAGGUUCCAAUGCCUGUGAGAAUGGGGAUGGUGACAAUGGCAACAGUUCUAUUGCCGGUGCUGCAGAUUUGCUCGCACAGUCUAUGUCUCCGGAAGGAAGAGCUGAAGUAGAUACAGCCACAACAGGUGGUGUUGUAAAUGAGACCAGUGCCGAAGUUCCAGAGGACGAUGAUGAUGUUGUUGUACCGGAUGGUGUGGCUUAG